AUGGCAGCCGAACUUCCCCAAGAGUUACUGGCUAAAUUGGCCGGUCAAGUCGUCCAAGACCCCGGAGUUCCGGUAUUCAAUCCUACAGUCUCAGCCUGGCAGGAACCUGCGCACCCUCUCGCGGUCGUCCAGUCAGAGCAAUUGCCACAGCUUAUUGAUGUCGCCAUCAUUGGCUCUGGUAUCACCGGCUGCAGCGCUGCCAAGACUGUUCUUGAAAAUCAUCUGGGCCGUGACAGGAGUGUUACCAUCUUCGAAGCUCGUUCCCUGACUACGGGAGCAACAAGCCGCAAUGGAGGCUUCUUGCUAAGCCAUGCCCCACAGUUCCAUGGGCGUUUCGCCGAUGCCUUCGGACCCGAGGCCGCCAACGAGAUCUCCCGAUUCUGUGAGCGGACGCUGGAUGAGAUUAGACGGGUUGCCAAGGCUGAGAACCUGGACAGCAUCAGUGAGAUUAGAGAAGUCACAACGGUUGCCACGUUCGAAGAUGAGGAAGGCUUCGCUGAAGCGUGCCGUUCUAUUCGUAUGUUUGAAGAAGCAGUCCCGGGGAAGAAGGAAAAAUAUACCAUAAUUGAUGGAGCAACAGCUGAGAAGCAAUUUAAUUUCAAGAAGUCCAAGGGCGCUCUGACCGUUGAGUCGCACGUAUUCUGGCCCUAUAAGCUCGUCACAAACCUUCUCCAGCGCCUUCUGGAGCGUUACCCAGAUCGUUUCUCAGUUGAAACUCAGACACCUGUGACUUCAAUCACUGUCUCUGUGGAUUCCAACGCCUCAUACCCAUAUGUCCUAAAUACCCCUCGCGGGACUGUUAGAGCGGCAAAGGUAUUCCACUGCGCCAAUGCCUUCACUGGGCACCUUCUGCCUAAACUUAGAGGCCCUCUCUUCCCUUGCCGACUGACCAUGUCCACGCAAAAGCCGGGUCCACAGUGGGGUAACCGCGCUAAUUCAUGGCUCUUCCACACGAAACAAGACUAUGAUCCCGAGACUACCUUAGUUGAGCAAGGUCUAUACUGGAUGCAGCAAAACGCCGAGACCGGUGAUCUCUUUGUUGGAGGAGAUCGCCAGAGGCUGGAUGACUUUUUGUCUUCUGACGACUCCGUCAUCAGUGCCGAUUCUGUGGGCAACCUUAUGAGCUUGCUCCCAAAGAGAAUUUUCGACAAAGGUUGGACCAAUCCGGUGACGAAUGAGACAUUGUCUGCAGGCACUUCACUUCAUCGUAUUUGGUCUGGAAUUAUCGGCAUGACCGCCGAUCAACUCCCGAUUGUCGGUAGCGUACCGGUGAGCUUCAGCGAUAGAAACAUUGAAGGGGGUGAAUGGAUCGCGGCCGGCUUCAAUGGGUACGGCAUGUGUCAGGCCUGGUUAUCCGGCGAGGCUAUUGCUCGCAUGGCUUUGGGUGAGCCAAAGCCGGAGUGGCUUCCGGAUGUGUAUUUGAGCUCGGAGAAGCGCCUGACAGACAAGACAAUGGGCCCUGGCGCGGCUCUGGAAUCCUUCUUUAACAGGUAA